AUGGGAGAGAAAAAGAAGGAAGAGAAAAUGGGAAUGUCAACCAUCACACAACAGAGCAACCAUCAAAGAAAAGAAAGGAAGACUUCUCAGAAUCAAAGUCUGAGGUUACAAAGCCUUCCCCUGAGAAGAAAAAGGUUUGUAAGCCUUUUGAUUACCAUCCUUAAUUGUUGCAAAAUUAAUCAUUACUAUUAAUGCAUAAACCUGCUACCCUGAUACUAGAAUAGAUUGGAUCUGAUAUGAUUGCAUGUGUAUGGUAAGUGUUAUCAAGCAUUUGAAUAAGGUACUUGUAGAUGAAACAGUAACAUUUUAUGACUAAAUUUGGCUCUGUAUAGGAUCCAAAAGCUUACUCAAACUUGUGAACUGGUGGUACAUGUGCAUGUUGUAUAUACAUUAACCUGUCCUACUAUGACAGUAGAUGGUUUUAACUCAGAUGCACAUUACUAACAAUAAUUGCAACAAAAAACUACUUACAAUACUAACACUUCUCAAAAUACUACAAUUACUGUACCUAGAAUUUAUACUAAAAACAGUAACAAUCAUCACAAAACCUUCAGUUACAUUCUUGGUGACUUUAACUUUGACAUUCUGAAAAGAUGCUGCCUCUUUGUCUCCACUAUUUAAAACAGCAGUGUCUUUCACCAUCAACACUCCUAUUUGGGACAACUCUUGCCUAA